AUGACCUCUGAGAUAGACUUUCAAGCCGCCUUAAGCUCCAGAGACUGGACAAUCGCAGGACUUCACAAUGAAAACAUCAGACUAUCCCAACAUGUGAAUGUUCUCACUGCUGAGCUUAACAAAUUAGAGGCAGUUCAUCAACAUAGCAACUGGAAAGCUAGCCAGCUUCAGAUUGUGCUGAAUGCUAACAUGCAAAGGGUGCAGGAAGCUGCGAUCUGCAUAAGGUCAAAAGACGAGACGAUGACGGCAUUGCAACAAGAAAUCAAGAAGCUGUCAGAAAACGUCAAGACUUCUGCUGCCGGGCCUCAGACAAUGGAUGCAGGGUUUGGACAUACCAAUGAGCGAGCUAGGCAGCUGGAGUCUGAGCUAACUGCUGAAAGGAAAAAGGUGCAGGAAGCAGAGAUGUACUUACACUCAAAAGACGAGACGAUCAUGGCAUUACUGCAAGAAAACAUCAAGUUAUCAGAAACCAUCAAGAGUCUUGUUGCUGUGUCUCAGAAAAUGGAGGCAGCGCGUCAGAAUACCAACGAGAAAGCUAGGCAGUUGGAGUCUGAACUAACCGCUGAAAGGAAAAAGGUGCCGCAGGAUGAGAAAAUGGCAGCGCUUCAACAAGAAAAUAUUAGAUUAUUAGAAAAUCUGCAGAGACCAGCUGCUGAGCUUCAGAAAAUGGAAGCAGGGCUUAAAUCUGCCAAUGAAAAAGCGGGACACCUGGAAACCGUGGCAAUUUGUAUGAAGCAAAGGGUGCAGGAAGCUGUGAUCUGCAUAAGCUCAAAAGAUAAGCAGAUCACAGCACUUCAACAAGAAAACAUCAAAUUAUCUGAAAACCUGCAGAGAAAAGCAGUACAGGGAGCUGACCUCAACUUAAAGUCCACAGAAGAUGGGAGUGCAGCACUUCAACAAGAAAACACCAGAUUAUUAGGACAAAUUAAGGAAAUGGAGGCAGCUCUUCUUGCUGAGUCGGCAAAAGCAAAGGAGGCUGAUACCUGCUUAGCCAAACAAGUGCAGGAAACCAGUGAAAUAAAGGCUACUUUGGUCAAAAUGGAGAAAGAUCUGGACGAACAGCAGCACCAGUGGGAGGAAGAAAAAUGCCAACUUAUGGCUAACCAACAACAAAGGGAUGAGGUGGAAGAGGUGAAAAUGCAGUUGGAGUUACAGAAAGCUGAGUUAGAACAGGAAAACGCUUCUCUGCGUCUGAAAGAGCAGGAAAACGACCAAUUACAUCAGGACGCUGCAAGAAAAGUCAUGGAACUGGAAACGAGUCUGCUUGCUGAGAAAGCCAGAACAAAGGAGGCUGAUACCUGCUUAGCUGAGAAAGAGCAGGAAACCAGUGACUUAAAGGCUGCUUAGCUGAAGAUGGAACAAGACAUGAAGAAGCAAACAAGGCUCUGGACCCGUGAAAAGUCCCGUCUCCUAAGCAAGGGAACGCUGCUCAGGAGUGUUCAGCAGAAGAACACUAUUAGAAAACUGGACAGAGCUAUGGGAGAGCUUGAGGAGGUUCUUAAUGAUGAAAGGGAGCAGUGGGAAACAGAGAAGUACUGCCUUCGAACGAAAGUUAAAGAUGCUCAGAAGACUCUGAAAAAGAUGAACAAAGUAACAGAGAGCCUUAUGGAGGAGCUCAAAGAUCUGCAACAGGAGAUAGAGAGAAAACCAGAAAAGAAAUCUUUAAGGAAAAGAAUUGUCAACCUCUUUGAAAGCCAUAAGUCAGAAAAAUAAUUUCUGCUAAAACUCAAGAAAACUGUCCUCCAAACAAACUUAAAACUGACAAAAACAUUUACUGAAUCUCAAACCUUUACCUCCCUUCACGCUUUACAUUAACUCCCCAACCCCUUCCCUAUAACCAUUACCUUUAACUUUCAUUAUUCUUCCUUUAACCCUUAACUCCCCAGACCCAUUCACAACAUCCGUAAUCCAGUCCAUAAUAUUACCCCUCACCCUCCAUAAAACUCUAUGGUUCCCUGUAAAUAAAAAAGCACUGCCUCCAUA